AUAGACUUUUCUUAUUUUUCCUUGUGUGUGUUUAAGUAUAUUUGGAAACUACAGGAUGAGACAAACUACAGACUGUGGCUCUGUAGCAGUUCUCCAGCCGGACAGAUGAGUGAGAAACAUAAAGAGGAAGCGGUAGGGCAGAGUUUGGGGAGUUUCUGGACAGCCAUUGCAGAGUCGUGGCUCAGUAACAAAACACGAUAAAGGAGAAGAAGAAGAAGAAGAAGAGGACCUGGCGUUUCGCAGCCUCUCUGUUUUUUUCGACUAAAAGGACCAAUUUCAUGACCAUUAGAGUUCACACAUUUGGUUAAAUAAUCUCCACCUGAACAACGGGUAAGUGUUAUGAGAUAUUUGUCCUCACAAAUGAUCUGAAAAUGUGAAUGUUCGGCAUCCCGGCUCCUGGCGAUGCUACAUUAGCAUUGCUAACACCAAGUUGGCUAACUUGGCUGUUAUAAAAGCGACUCGAUCUGGAUUUUAACUAAACCAGCUGUAAUGUCUAUAUUAGAGAUUGACAGUCAUUGUUGGAAUCAAUUUACUAACCCAGUCUCCAGUAUUUUUCUGCUAUCAGUCCAUCGGUCAGUCAUUUUUGUGGCUAACUGCUUUAGCCGGUUGAUGCAACGUAGCCUGUUAGAGGAGAUGACACGUAGCUAGUUCUUCCGACCAGCAGCGCACUCGCCAGCCUCACCAAAGCUCAGUAUCACCACUUAAAGUGUGUUUGACCCGAUGUUACACUGAUAUUCGGGCUAAAAUGAAUCUUAAUUGUCGUAGUGAAUACUGUCAAAGGCAAACCAUUAGCCCUUAAAGGUAAAGGUUAGCUAACUUGGCUGCUACGUUGACAGCGGCUGUGAAAACGAGACCAGAACCACCAUCUAAACUCUAUAUAAUACUUUUAUUUACCUCAAAAGAAAGGACGUUUAUUUACAACAUCUGACUCAAAGCUUGUCGAAAAUUUGAUUAAUAGAGACUAAACUGUUUUCAUGACAGAUAUGGACUUUAAAGUACACAAAUGUAAUUAAAAUAAGCACGAACAAGAAAAGGAUGUGGACACGUAUCUAAAAGAGGGAUAUAAUGUACUCUAUUAAGCAAACGUUACUUUAGAUUUACUAACUUCAACUGUUUUUACGAGAUCUUGACUUAUUUAUCUUGUUUUGACAUGACAACAACCCAAGGCUUCCCACCAAGAGGUACUUUAUGUUUGUUUUCCUGAUAUUUCCACUUAAAAUAUUUGAGUAAGGACAAUCAAAUUUACUUUUACGAUCCUGCUUAUUAUUUAAUUUUAACCUGACAUAAUAGCUAGACCGCUAAUUUUUUCAGAACUUAAAAAACAAAGCAAUAGGUUGUUAACCCCGAUAUGAUGUUUUCCCAAAGUUAUGAGGUGAAUUCAGCCUAUUUUAGGUUUUUACAACUCCAGAAAUAGUGAUAAUGAUCAUCCAACGAAUCAUCAAGAUCCCUUAAUACAAGUAAAUCAACUCAGUAGCCUGCAAAAUGUUGUAAAUACAAAGUCUGUAUGCAUGUCUGCUUCAAAAUGUCAUUACAAGAAACAAGAAAAGUUGAUUUUAAGCCAGUUUGGAAAAAGUUUGUAUUAGUCUAGUAGUCAUAAAGUUAGUUUAUUACAUUUUAGACUGUAGAAUAAAGCUAGCAAACUCUCAAAAUGUUAUUUUUCACCAUGAGUAUAGACAGUCCUAGUCCUUUAUAUACAGUCCUUAUAGAUAGAUAGAUAGAUAGAUAGAUAGAUAGAUAGAUAGAUAGAUAGAUACUUUUUUAAUCCCAAAUUCAAAUUCAGCAUAAACUUAAACGAUUAAUCUUUCUGGUAUGAGACAUUUAACUGAUAACAGAUGUCACAUUUAGUUUCUCUUUGCUUGCAUUUCUAGAUGAACCCCUCCUUUCCGCCUUCAAAUAUCUCACCUUAAUAAUAAACAGUUCUGUCACACAUGUCUAUACUGGUAUUAUGUAAACCCGUAUUUGCCCGUAGUCGCUUUCAGUUACUGUCAAACUCUUUCACACUCGCAGCUGCAUCACGCCACAUGUGGGAGCAUCAGUCUGCAGCACCGGCUCUCGGUGUCGUAGCAGAAAGCCAGGCGGGCGUGUGAGCGUGUGUGAUUAGAGUGUAGCAACAGCUGACGUGUAGUUCAGCUGUAUUUGCGUGAUCUUGAACUUUAUACCUACCAUAUACUUUAGCCCCAGUGUUGUUUGCAUGUUGCGUAAUAAGGCUAGAGGUCAGCGCUUGCACCCUCCACUGAUUCCUCUGCGAAUUUUACAGAAACAGUGAAACAGUAAGGAAAACAGAGCUGCUGUGUAAUAUUGUAAUAUGACUUACAACCUCUUUUAUAUAGGUUAUAAAAUCAUUUAGACAACUGAAAGUGGAAGUUUGUGUUUUUCUCAUCUUCCUUUCACAGAUUUUCAUAUUCACUCCUGUAGCUGAAACUGCAGAUCACAGGUCUCUAAAAAGACGAGAAAAGAAGCUUGUGUGAACCAGAAUCUGCUGCAUGUGUUAUGUGACAAAACUGUUUGAUGUUCGACAUAAUAAGCGGGUCCUACCCUGGAUUGGUUUUUAUUUUAAUUGAAACACAAUCUGCCGAGUUUCUCCUAAAAGGCUAAAACUCGUCUGUAUUUCUAAGGCCCCUUGCUGAUGGGUUGUUGAGGAGCUGUAAGCCGUCGUGUGAUCAGAGCUCUGAAUCUCCAGUGCUGCUGUCCAGACUCCUAUUGAAACAAGCUUAUCAUAGGCUGAAGAGUGCCAGUCGUCAUUCUUAUCUUCAGAAAGAUUGACUCAGGCAGAUUGAGGCGGUCUGCAUCUUCUUAGAGCUCAGUGCUGUCACUUGUAUCGUGUUUGUGGUGGGUCAUGCUGGCUGGUUUCUAUUGAUUGCACUGUCAGUGAGAAAUACUUGAUUAAUUAGUCUUGAGCGACACUACUCUGAGUGAGCUUGCCACGCAAUAUAAAUGAAUAUUAAACGAUUAAAUCCAACAAUAUACAGACAUUUGGAUGUGAACGUUCAAACUGUGGAUUUAUCCAAAGAACUAAACGUCAUCAAAUCUGAACAGGAAUUUGUCAUUUAUCCCCCAUCUCACUGUCUUCUUAAGGUUGGGUGGCUAAAGCUCAGUAUUAUUACAUAAGUUAAAUAUUCCAUGUUUCAUCUGCUUUCUGUCUUGUGUCAGUUUAGCAUGUGAAGCAUAAUGAAAACAUCAAAAACCUGCAGUCUUGUGUGAGGAUUUCCACAGAGAUUAUACAGUGGUGCUAUUUUAGCAGCUAUGGAGGGGAAAAAAUCUCUUUAGUAUUCUGUUCAUGUUGGGGAUAUCAGAUACUGUCUGGGUGCUCUCGUUCAAGUUUCUAAAAUCAUUCUCCAUCUACAUUCAUCAAAAAGAAAAGAAAGCUGUGGAUAAUAUGAGUGAUACAGUCAUACAUUAGUAAAAUAAAAACCUAUGGACACAGUCAUACUGAUUCUUCUUAACAACGAUGGAUGUUGUGAACAAACUAACUCCACUCUUUUGUUUUUGUGUGUUUUUCCAGGACCCAACAGCUCCGGAUAUGUCAUUCUUUUUUGACUGGGUUUUUAAUAGUUUCAAUACCGUGCUACAGUUUUUAGGUGAGUAUCAGUGAUCCCACACUCCAAGGAAUUGUAAUUCUGUAUUCAAUGUGUUUUCAGAAUGCCAAAACCAAUUUGUAAUGCUUAAGUAUUGGAGUUUAAACAGUGGCGUCAGAGCGUAUAACCACAAAACUAUUGAUUUAAGAUAAGAGUGUGAGUCUCACGUCUUCCUUCUGUGGUCACUACAGCGACAGGUCAGUGUUUUACCUCAGUCUACGAGUCCUAAAGUGGAAAGUGGGUCUUACAAAGUCCCCUCUUAGCCUCACAAGUGUCGGCUUUGUUCCCGCCAUCCCUGUCGUCGUAGAGGCAAAUAAGAAGAAGCAGAGUUUCUGUUGAAGUGGUGCCGUAUGAUGAGCUCUGCUGACUUUAAUCUGAAGCACAAAUAACAUGACAGUUCAGAAAGCAACUCUCAAAAUACUUAUUCCCUCUUUUAAGCAAAAACGAGUGACCCUCACAGUUCUAGCUCUAGUCCUCUCAAGUGGUCCAAUUUGUAGGAAACAAAUUAAAUCAGCUAACCCUGGAUUGAGCACCAACACAAGCUGGAUUACAGAGUUGAUUCCUGUUGGGACAUCAGGUGCUUCUUUGGUUUUUGUGAGGCGUUUUGGCUGAAAGCAUGCGCUCAGUAGCAUGUAUUAUGUUAUUUUUCACCUUCUUAUUUUGGUCACUAAAUUGUCAUUUUUGGGUCUGAGGAUAAAAAUGACUGCAGUGCUUUCAUUCUUCUCAUUUUUUUAAAACCUAAACCACCUCCUACCUAAUGCUACUUUAACCAGAGGUGAUCAGACUGUUUGUAUUAUUCCUGCUCCUGCAACGCUGAACUUUCAUCUGUAAACAAAGGACAUGUCUCUUACAGAAAUUGACCACUAUUAUAGACCCCAGCUUCUUGUAUCCAGCUGAUAUCUGGUGGAAAAUCUUGUUAAGUGUACCAGCUGCUCCUCUCCCAGAGGUAUGCUGUACUAGUUUCUGUGUCAGAGCCCCUCCUGUAAAGUAGUCGGUCCUGUUCUCCCUGUCGGACAGGUAGCUUUGUGCUGUUGUGAGUUACGGUGACGUCUGUUAGAGCUGACUCAGAGAAAAAAAAAAAAAAGGAGUCACAUAUACAUUGGGUAUCACCAUGCUGACUCAGAGAGAGGUAAUCACAAAGACUGGUAAUCCCGUCACAAGCUCCAAGGAAAAAGGGAGCCUUAUUUACACCUUCUGUCCUCUUUGUUCUGUUAGUCAUCAUUCUUAUCCUACGCAGCUGCCGAUGAUGAAAGUAAAAUCUUGUUAGGUUGUCUUUGAAGCAGGGCUCUUAGCAUGGGUGUAAGUUAUCAUCAUGACUAUUCCUCAGCAGAAUUACAAUCAUCUUUACCUACAUGAGGGCUUGUUGUAACUUGAGUCAUUUUUUUUAAACCUUUAUACUGAUACUAAGUCGACAUCAGAGAACGGCAAAAAACAGACUUCUGAUUUCAGUCAGAGAAAAUAUUUUUGCAUAAUUUCCACAUCAGGUUCUCAGCCUGAACAAGUCUGAGCUUGGCAACCCCUCUGCCAAGUGUCAGCUCUGUACUUUCAUCUCAAACUCUAAAUUCAUUUCUCAAGUGUCACCUGACUGAUACCCAAGUUUAAAUGUAGUCUUUUCUUUUUAAAUGUAAAACACCAGGCUCAUGCAACAGGCAACAUGAAAAAUGGCGAUUUCUUGUAUCCUAAAAUACCUUUUGGCCUCUUUUCAGGACUGUACAAGAAAAGCGGCAAGUUAGUAUUUCUUGGCCUGGACAAUGCUGGCAAAACGACGCUACUGCACAUGCUCAAAGAUGACAGAUUGGGACAGCAUGUGCCAACUUUACAUCCAAGUGAGUUGUCGCCGCACUCCCACACACAUUCAGUUAGGUGUUAAAAGCCAUCCAUGCGAAAACACAUCGACCAAAUUAUUCACAGGCUUUUGUGUUUUCCAUGCGAUUGAACUACUCCUGAAUGGGUGCAAGCUGGGAGUGCACUCAAAACAGUGUUAAAUAUUCUGGUUCAUACAUCAUUUGUUAUUGGGCUUAUCAUGUUGAUGCUGCACAUGUGAAAGUAAUGAUUUUUCUUUUGUGUUUUAUUAACUAUCUGACGUUUGUUUCUGUUGUCUUUUUGCAGCUUCGGAAGAGCUGACGAUUGCUGGCAUGACUUUUACCACCUUUGACCUUGGAGGCCACGCACAAGGUGUGUGAUUUAAAAGUACUUUUAUUAGCCAGUUUCCAUCAAGCAACAUGCAUUAUCAACAUAAGGCAUUUGUGCAGUGCUCUGAGAAACCUCUGUUCUGUACGAGUGCUGACAAAAAGGUAGUAGGAUAGGUCACAGUAAAAUUUGUCUCACAGUAAAAGAAAGACAGGACUGUAAAACUCAAGUGUUUGUUUUAUUUGUUUGUUUUAUUUGUUUGUUUUUUUCCACACAGCCCGCAGAGUGUGGAAAAACUACCUCCCUGCCAUUAACGGCAUUGUCUUCCUUGUGGACUGUGCAGACCACAUCAGGUUGGCUGAAUCUAAAGCAGAGCUUGAUGUAAGUACCUGCUACAUGCCCUCUGAUUUAGCGAGGUGAAACAGUUAUUUUGUAUUAAGAGCCUAAAAACAUUGGAAAAAAAGAUGCACUACAUAUAAAUGCUUUGUUGUGUUUUGUUUACUGUAUGUCCAAUGUUGAAGUAGUUGUAGUAGGUUAGUUAAUAAAUUGUUUUCACCAAAUUCUCAAAGUCUGUGACCAAGAUUUCUGUCUCUUGUGUCGAUGCUCAAUGUUGAGUUGUGGCGUCUUCAGGUUAAUUUUAGAGUGAAAAUUGAUGCCGUAGCAUUUGACAUACUUGAUUCAAAUACUUGAAAAUAUUAGAUAAAUACAUGCCUCACAUUAACUGGCAUAACCCUUUCGAAUUAACAGAUUUUGGGAAAAUAAGUCAGGGGAUAGCCCUAAAAAUGACAUCUCGAUAAGCAGAAGUAAAGGCAGCACAGGCAGAUGUUUUCUCUAUGUUUAGUUAGAGGCUAAUUUGAAAUGAAAACAGAUCUGGGGAAAGCAGGAAAAUUAGUUAAUAGCUGAGUUGAAUAGCUAUAAAUUAAUCCAAGAUAGGUUAAAAUAUUAUGCAUUUUAAAUGUAACAAAGAAGAGUGUGAGUGUAGAAUUUUCCUUAUUAUCAUGAGUACACCUGCAAAAGCCACAUUGUAAUAACUUUUCUCCCCUCUCAGGCAUUAAUGACAGAUGAGACCAUUGGAAAUGUGCCUAUCCUGAUCCUGGGCAACAAGAUCGACAGAAACGACGCCAUUAGUGAGGAGCGAUUGAGGGAAUUGUUUGGAUUGUAUGGACAGACGACAGGCAAAGUGAGUAGACACCUCACCUUCAUCGCACUCCGAACACGCUGCACUUUUUCCGACACCUGAUCCUAAGAGUCCUAAGUCGGGCAUUUCUUCCAAAUUAAAGAUAUCGGUUUCAAUUGUUGGCAAAUAAAAGCCUGGAGAUCCAUUAAGAAGCCUCACCAUAGUGCACUGACAUAAAAAACUCUUGUCAAAGUAGGUUUAAGUGACUACAGGCAUGAUUCACAAGACUAUUAGGGGUCAGUAUUACCUUUAUAACGUGGUAAAGAUUAGAUUAAAGUUUGCUGGUGGACAGUAUUUUCCUGCAAGAGUUGAACUAAUACUCUCUCUUACAUAUUUACACGUUAAAUAGAUCCCUUUCUUUGUAAUAACAAGAGCAAAGAUUUUGUGCUAGCUGUAGUUGUGGCUGUUAGCAUUUUGACAGAGCUCUGCAGAGAGAGAUGGAGUCAGGGACGGAGAGACAGAGUGUUUUUCUUUUUUUUAUAUAACAUCUAGUUAAUAUUUAAGUAAAACUCCUGCUCUGACUAUAAUCACACCGAUCACACUGUAGUUGGCUGAAAAACACUCAAAGUUACAGGGUUUCUACCCAAGUAUGGAAAUAAGUGUGAUCAAUUUCCAUGGAAAAUGAAAAAUGAAGUAUCCAGACUAUUACCACAGUUCUAAAAUACUGUUUUCUAAAAUAGAAAAGUAGGUAUUUCCAAAAAUUGGUCUAAAAAGUAGGGUAUGGAAAAGUAUGGAAAUUCCAUCUGUGUAGGAACUAGAGGAUGAGAUUUUUCGAGAAUUCCCGUGGGUCACGUGAUUCCUGCGGGAAUCCCACGGGAUGGGAGUCAUUUUUUAAUUAAUCCUGUGAUCUGGUCGGGACGGGAAAAAAGCAAUGGGAGCGGGCAGGAGUGAGAACAACAUUAAUAGAUGAUCAUUUUCAGCCGUGUUAAACAACCAGACGAACAGAUGCGUCCAUUUUUGUAGUCAUCUCUCAGUGAGAGCCAACACAAAAGAACUACAACAGUGGUUUGACUUCCUGUCACCACCGGAAGUGAAAAGCGACUCGGAGCGACUGCAGGUGUUGCCAGGAGCGACUGCCGCUCCGACUCGGCUGCCACUUUUACCUAAAAUUUUUAAUUUAUUUAUGCAUAUUAUGCACUGCACUUUUCCUUAAAAUAAAAAAAUGCAACGUUUUUUUCAACAUGUUUGGAGCGGGACAGGAGUGGGAGUAAUUUUGAGUGGAGGAGGGAUGGGAGUGGGAGUCAUUCUAUGGGAGUGGGGGAGGACAGGAUUGAUUUUUUUACUCUGGUCCGGGAUUGGGACGGGACAGGAUUUUUUUCUCUGGGAGUGGGACGGGACAGGAGUGAAAAUCCGCUCCCGUGUCAUGCUCUAGUAGGAACCCUGAAGUUAUUGCAGUUUUUUUAGUUUUUUUUUUUUUAAGAGAACAAGAAGAAACUGCAGUGUGACUUAGUUUCUCAUUUUUCCUCACAGGGCAACAUCGCUAUGAAGGAGCUGAACACGAGACCACUGGAGGUGUUCAUGUGCAGUGUGCUGAAGAGGCAGGGCUACGGCGACGGCUUCCGCUGGCUCUCCCAGUACAUCGAUUAAAGCAGCCGAGCCCCGUAAUACAUCGACGACACCACCACCAUCAAGGGGGCGCUAAAACCCAACCACUCAAGACGCCCAUCGUUGCCACCAGUACCAUCUUACUCAGCCCCAUGUUUGGUAAACAAGUCUGCCUCCACCUUCAGAGAAACCAGUACAACUUGAUCCCAAUAGACUUUUAUUGGUCGAACAUUUGGUUCCGCACUUACAGAAAUCAUACCUGUAUGAGCACACGCGCACACUCAUGUCCAUCUCCGUCUUUUUCUAAGAGAGUAACAUAGCAUUGGUUCCUCCGCAAAGGGGUGUUCAAAUUCAAACGGAUGAGUCUUUUCUAUAUUGUGUCUGUCAUUCGCCGCCCUCGCCCCCCUUCCCAUCCUGCCAUCAGUUGAGUGUGACGAUAGAUGCAUUAUAACUGUAAAUCUGUAUAUGAUUCCAUUGGUAUAUCAACAAUCCUGAUGCCUCUGUCCCCUCUUUAACUCAUUUUGAGCAGCGAGAGAGAGAGCAGCAUAGUUGUAUACAUUGCAGUACACUUUUUUUAACAGUAAAGACAUUCAUUCAACGUUGUAUUUAAUCAACACGUUUUGGUUUGUCCUGUUUUCUUUUUUUUUUUUUUUUUUUUUUUACAUUUCAAUAAAUAAAAUGUGUGGCCACGUAUACAGCCUCCACUAUAGAUGCAUGGCUGUUUCACUGAUUUAUUAAAAUGGACCAGUGCAUUUAACUUAGUGUAUCAGAAAUUGGAUCAGUUCUUUUAGGGUGACCUUGAAGUUAAAAUACUUUUGUUCCAGACUUUUCUAUCUUAUGGGCACAUUUACAUUGAAUGGUUCCAAUUGAUCUGUGGGCUCUCCUUUUAAAAGAUAAGCAUGGGGUGGUAGUAUAAAGGAUGGGAUACGAUUUUUUUAAAAAGAAAAUAAUAAAGGCUAUAACCCAGGAAAUGUUUGAAAUUGUGCAGAUGGCUCAUGUGUCAGUCGAUACAAAAGAAAACUAUUUAAAUAAAUUGAACUUUGGGAUAAAUAGCUUGAUAAUAACAUGCAGUAAGAGACGGAGGGAGGAGUAAACAGAUGGUUGUAAUAUCUAGUUAUCAUUAUAAGGUUUUCCAGCGCAGACCUUUUUACAGGGUUAAUCUAGUGACCAAGCAUAGAUAACAGAAGACACAGUCUCUUAGUGGGAACAGGUAGAUAGGCCCGAGACUCCUCGAAGAAAGGGACCAUAUAUAUAUGAAAUGUACAUGAACAUCGUACAUGGAUUUUGUAUGAAUUGGUAUCCUUUCGUCUAUGUGCAUUACCAGAAACUAUUAUGCAUGCCUUGUUCUUUUGAUUUUUGAUGACCGAUACUCCAGAGAGAACAACAGGAGGGGAAAGAUGCCAAAAUUUACAAUAGGAGCUGAUUAUCAUGUUUUUUUGGUUUUUUUUUAUUAAGAAAAAAACGGAAUUGUGCUUAAUACACAUUUUUCUGUCCCUGUCCCUUUGUGUCUAUUUCAUUCCCUCAUGACUAUGUGAUGAGCUGUUCCAACAAGGGUGGGACUCGCUGUUGUUUGCAUCAUAAAAAUGUAAUAAAUGUUUUCAAUGAAUAACAGGCUUUAAAAUUGACCCACAAUGUAUUUUUCUUUUUGUUAUUUUUUUGGUGGAUCAGAAGUUAAUAAGUGUUCAGAUUAUUUCUUGGGUGAAAAUAUGAAUAAAACUGUCAAAAUACUCCCCUGAUACCUCA